AUCAAUAGUAUUGCUUGCUUUGCGCUAUCGAUACUAUCGGUUUUGCCUUAACUAUCGAUAGGAUAGGCACAGAAGGAUAGGCAACUCUAAAACAAAAGCGAAAAGUGUGUAUUUUUUCCCGCUUUUAUUUUAUGACAAAAUAAGAAAAUAGUAAAUAGCUCUGAAUUUACAUAUAUUUGGAGUUUAUUAUAAUAUAUUCUUCAUUGCUGCUUAUAAUGUCGAAAAAGUGUGUGGUAAUAAGUUCUCGGUGCCAGUGAAUUUUGCUAUGUUUUAAAUCCUGUUAGUUUUCUGUGAGGUACCCAAUUUUCAAAAAGUUAAUAAACAUUAAAGCUGAGUAGCACGAUUAACAUUUAACAGUUUCGAAUAUUAUAGUAAACUAGUAAACUAAGGUAGCAAUGAGUAUAAAUGAUUAUAUAAAACAAAGUUGGAAUGAACUCUGCGAAAAUGAACAAGAACAAGAAACUCAACCACCACCUAACAAACCAAUUCGUCGAGCCACAAAAGAAAAAAUGAAAUCUGAUAGCAGAGAAAGCUCCAGCAGUCGAAAAAAAUCAAAGCCUAAUGGUAAAAAUGAUUCUGAGAAAUCCAGCAAACCUGCAAAAAAGCCUAUUGAGCUGGAAACAGACCAAGAUGUAUUGCAAAGGCGUCAGAAGCAGAUAGACUAUGGUAAAAACACAGUUGGCUAUCAGAAUUAUACACAUCAAGUGCCAAUGGAUAAACGUACAAAAGAAGAUCCGAAAACUCCUGAUAAGUAUGCAAAAUACAGUAGAAGAUCUUGGGAUAUGUUAAUAAAAAUAUGGAGGAAAAAACUACAUGAAUUUGAUGGUGAGAAUAUUGACUUUGAAGAUGAAACUGGUAAUCUCUCAGAACUUGAAAACUAGAUUCUUCCAAGUUGACUAAAAACCAUUAAAGUCACACUUAUUAAUUUUAUUUUCUAUUGGACUUCAUUAUUAUAUGUAUAAUAAUAAAUUAUUCAUGUUUGUUAA